AUGAAGCGCAACUAUCCGACAUGGGAACAAUCAGGCAAUAAGGAGGAGCAGAAGAAGAAUGACAAGUACGUCCCAUCCAAAGUCUUCACCAUCACCCAAGCUGAAGCUGAGGCAAGCCCUUCCAUCAUAACAGGUCAGAUCCCUAUGGCCAAUACCACAUGUAAAGUUUUAUUUGAUUAUGGUGAAUCACACUCUUUUAUUUCCAUUAGAACUGUAAAGAUUGUAAAUGCACCUAAUGAAUUAUUUAAUGUGGGGUUUGGGACUAUGUUACCCUUAAGAGAAAUUGCAAUAUCUAAAAAUUGGGUUAAAGUUGUACCUUUAUGGAUAGAUGGGAGAAAAUUGUAUGUAAACCUGAUUGCAUUAGAUUUAUCUGAUUUUGAUGUAAUUCUGGGGAUGAAUUUUCUCUCCAAAUAUGGAGUAUCUAUCAACUGCAAACGCAAGAAAGUGGUCUUUGCUCCAAAAGGCGGAGAUUCGUUUGAGUUCGAAGGCAUAAGCAAGAAACCCAUAACUCAUAUCAUAUCAGCGAUGAAAGCCAAAGAAAUGUUGCAACACUGA